CCGUGCUGUGGGAUGGAAGUCAGACACUGGCCGCUCUUUGGUGAACCUACAGCAGAGAAUCGCAUCUCCAACCCUCUCCCCUACCCAAACAUGUUGUACAGCGUGUAAACAGCUCAAACACACUUGCAAUUACAGUGUUCCGGAGGAAUCCAGAGUCAGCAUCUCUUCCGCCGAGGUUCCGCGCCUGGGACACCGAGGAGGUUUCGGGAACUCCGGGAGGGAUUCUCGACUGGGAUCACUAACAGCGUGAGCACGGAGGGAAGGAUUCUCCUUUUAAAAACUGAUCGGAAAUCCACCAGCCUCCUGAUGGAGCUGCAGUCAAUCCCCAGAUGAAAACUGGUUUUGUCAAAUGUAUUCAUCACCAGACCCCAUCAGCAGCCCCCCUUCACCCCCACCCCCGGUGUCUGAGUCCAGCGCUAGGCUGGGAAGCGGUUCUUGUUUGGUGAGCACUGAGAGACAGAAUGUACUCCAACAGCAUUUUGUCCAUUUGAUGACCCUCGUAGCCCGGACUGGGGGCUGGUUGGGGAUAAAUUGAAGCAAGCUGCAACAGUUUUCCCCCCAGAUCAAUCCAGGACUUUCAGGAACAUGGAGGGGAUACUCCCUGAGACAAUGAGCAACUUGUCCUCUGUUGUAAAUUCUUCAUCUUCAGACUAUGACUUGAAGUCAAAGGACGAAGCAUUGAUCACGUUACUGUUUGGCACCAUUCUGAGCACCAUGUGCCUAGUGGGGAUUAUAGGCAAUGUCUACAUCCUGGUGUUGAUGACCCUGUCUAUGAGGUUUACUGGCUCCAUGUUUGUGUACAUUGUGAAUUUGGCCUUUGCUGAUCUCCUUUACCUCUCUACCAUCCCCUUUGUGGUAUAUACCUACUUCAAGAAGUACUGGUACUUUGGAGAGAUUGGCUGUAGGAUCCUUUUCAGCCUUGACUUUCUGACCAUGCACGCUAGCAUCUUCAUUCUGACUGUUAUGAGUACCGAGAGAUACCUGGCAGUGGUCAAACCUUUGGAUACCUUUCGGAGAAACAGGGCUUACAGAAGAAUCAUUACUUGUGCUGUUUGGUUUGUUUCCUUUCUCCUUGCCCUUCCCACCAUGAUAAUGAUCGAAGUCCAUGAAAUUAACCGGGAAGGAAUAAUAAAACGUCUUUGUCACUCGACAUGGACAACACAUGCAUACAAAAUCUAUCUGACUGUACUUUUCCACACUUGUGUAUUAGCUCCAGGGAUAGUCAUUGGAUUCUUGUACUCAAAGUUGGCCCGCACUUACUGGUUGUCCCAGACCACGACUUUCCACAUCAAAGGAAUAAAGAAGUCGCCCAAUCAGAAGAUCCUGUAUAUGAUCUUGACUAUUGUCCUUGCCUACUGCGUCUGCUUCUUGCCUUUUUGGGUUUGGCAGCUAUUCAGCCUGUAUUUCGGUGAAACUGUCAAUCUGUCUCCCAAAACCACUACCUGCAUUAACUUUUUUGUGACCUGUUUGGCGUACGGCAACAGUUGCAUCAACCCUUUCCUCUAUACCCUACUGACAAAAAACUACAAAGAGUAUGUGAGAAACCAACAGAGGAACUGCCUUGAGUUCUCACAGAGGAAACACUACAGGAAUUAUUCCCAAAGAUCAAUGUCAACUGGGAGUCAGCAGUGCACUGAGACUGUAUCAUGUAAUUAAAGAGGGCUGGGAAGGAAGCUUGUAUGGAUUGAGGUGUCUCAAGUCGGAAUCGUUCUUCUUCCCAAAGUUAUUGUCUACCAUCAACCAAUAGUUUCCAGCUAAGUUUCCCUGCUGUGCCUCUACCUUCAAGCUAGUUCUGUUCUUUGCAGUAUCCCAUCAGAAGCAGCAGCAACAGUUGAGUCCCUUGCAUCUGCAAUUGUUUACGCAUAAACCACAGUCACACUAAAGUAAAAGCCAAAGAUAUAGAUGCAAAGUGUAGUUGGACCAAUUUUUUUUUAACAACAAAAUACUCAGUUGGAAACUGGCAAACAUUCAGCUUAAUAAAUGUAUAAAUAAAACUUUUAAGAAUUUUAUGGAAGGGCACUGAUAAAGCCCAUCUCCAAGUAUUAUUCCUGCCCCAGCUAGCCAACUUCCUCUACUUUGUAUAUUACAAUCCAAGUUACAUUGUUGAUUUAGCUCUUUGUUUUUAUAUAUUUAAGGCCACCCUUAGGCUGUUGGCUGUGUCAGGACUUGCUAGUUUUGUAGGCUAACAUAUUCAGAUUGGGUGUACGAAAAUGGAGUAAUUAUUGGAGAUGGGCUGGAUUUGCAUAAGCAAUCUGUUCACAGUAAAUACAGUCACUUUAAACAGAGUCCUUAUGAACAACAGCAAACAGAGUCUAUUUACCUAGAAAGCAGAGUCUACUUAAGCAGACUGUCUACUACCUGAAACAGUCAAGAUUAAAAAACAGAAGCCAUGAUUGAAACUACAGCCAAGCCUUUUGAUAAAAGCACUCCAGUAAACUGCAGUGAAUUGAGGUUGGUUCCAUAACACAAAUCAUUGGAUAAGAUUAAUCCAAACCUGUUACAAUAAUGCGGUCACCAGGUUUCAUGAAUGCGGGAAUUGCGAAUUGUUUCCAUUUUGGCCAAGAAUUGAAUGUCCUUUUGCUGAGUUAUGGAAAAGCCAAUAGCAUGGAAACCUAGGGUUGCAGAACCAUAUGUUAAAUUACAUUCUGAUGGAUGAAGAUUCCUUGAGUCAUUGGGGCUUAUUUCUUGGGAACAGCAUCUUAACACAAUUUGCAGUCUGUACUCAAAACUCCUAUCCGGAGAGAACUAUACUUCAAGGUACUUCGGACCCUACAGUAAAGAACGUGAUGGAAAAGAUUGAGAAGCUUCUGUCAACAGGUACCAUUAGGAAACUUUCCCAGGAAAAUGCCAUCACCCUAGUAGCCAUACUCAGUGAAUCUAAGGAGACAUAAAGGUUUUUUAUAAUAGCUGUAACAAUGUGUUGCAUUUCUUCAGCCUAUUCCUUAUUAAGUUAAUUGCUCUGUGUAUAAAAAUACUAUCAAAGUGUUUUUGAGAUAUUAUGUGCUU